AUGUUCAAUAACUCACUGGCAGCCAAUUGCUUGCCUGCGACCUUUACACCACACGUGUUCGGGGCAGAAAUUCUCAACCUGUCUGCUUACUGGGUCACAAAUUACACCCUUGAUGUGCCUGCUACAUUCAAUUACAAUCACGGCGAUGUUUACCUCGAUAAUGCCAAUUUUUGCAAUGUCACAGUGAGCUACACGCAUCCAGGUCACAAUGACCUGAUCACUGUCGAGACAUGGCUCCCCGAGCGAUGGAAUCAACGACUACAGGCCACUGGAGGUGGAGGUUGGAAUGCGGGCCGUUUCGUGUUGUCAGAAUUCUUCAUGGCGGGGGCCAUUGGUGAAGGCUAUGCUGCCACGACGACUGAUGCAGGCUUGGGUUAUGAGGCUUCUCCAAAUUCGUGGGCCCUGGAAAGUCCAGGGAAUGUGAAUCUCUACAAUGUCCAAAACCUUGGCUAUGUCUCGCUCAAUGAUCAGGCUAUCAUCGGCAAAAGUCUGGUGAGAAGCUUCUAUGGACACAAUGCGUCGUAUUCUUAUUGGAGUGGCUGCUCCCAAGGAGGAAGACAGGGGCUCAUGCUCGCCCAGCGGUAUCCCACUGCGUAUGAUGGAAUCGCAGCCUCGGCACCCGCUUUGUCUUUCACUGAGCUAGCAGGGUCCGUGUACUACCCGUUGUUUGUCCCCGAAUGGUCUGGCUCGUCAACCUCGCCUCUGCCUUGUGAACUGGCUUUUAUCACGAGUCAGGCCAUCGCGCAUUGCGACGCAGACGAUGGCAUUGUGGAUGGAAUCAUUUCCGAUCCCGCUGCAUGUGAAUUCAACGCCCUUUCCACAGUGAACGUCACCUUCAACUGCUCUUCCACUGGCAAGAUCAUGAGAGUCGGAAAGAUUGCCGCGUUGGUAGCUAAUUCGGCCUGGUCUGGGCCUCGAACAGCAAAUGGCGAUUUUCUAUGGUAUGGAUACAAUCGAGGCUCUGACAUCAGUUCAUUUGGGGUUCUUCCCGGGUUGAAUAGUAGCACAUCGAGUGACCUUUGGUUCCGAUUGUUUGUGAAAAAAGACCCGAGUUUCGACUCGAGUACACUCAGCCCUCUUGAUUACGAGCAGUCAUUCCGACAGGGUGUUCUGGAGUAUGCGGGCUUACUUAACGCCGACUACCCCGAUCUCACCGAGUUCAAAAAAGCGGGUGGUAAACUGAUCUCAUACCAUGGCAUGGCCGACGAGUCAAUUCCAACCCAAAGUUCCGAGCAUUACUAUCGUUCGGUUAGUGAUUCAAUGCCCGAUAUUCAGAGCUUUUAUCGCUACUUUGAGGCGCCAGGACUGGGUCAUUGCUCCGGAGGGAAAGGGGGACAACCGCUUACAAUUUUCAACUCCCUCCGUCGGUGGGUGGAAGAAGAUGCUGCACCGGAGACGCUACCCGUCUAUUUCAACGGCACUGGUGGAGAGCAACAAGCACGAAUUCUGUGCCCGUACCCAUCAAAAGCCAUUUACCAAGGUGGUUCGACUGAUGACAUUGAUAAUUUCGAAUGUGUUCACAACACCACUGAGUAG